AGGCGCCGCCGAGACGCGAGAGCCUCCCCGAGCGCCCUUGGGCACGUCCGCCGCCCUCGCUCGCUCGCACGGCCACAGAAAAACAAUGACAUAAUCCAAAACACCCAGCUGAAAUCUUCCACCAUGGCGAGUCCCACGAUCGAAUCACUUUGUUGUUUGUCGAGCACGAAUGCCUUCACGAAAGACUUCCUCAUAGACUUCCAGAGUGUGCCUUACAAUACCAUAUCCAUUGCGGCGUCAUUUUUCGGCAUUGCUGGUGCCAUAUACCAGGUUCUUCCCCGAACACCAAGUAACGGUGCCAACGGUCGAGGGGGAAGGUUCUUCAAGACGAGGGGGCGCCUUAUCAUACGAUGGCUAGCCUUUGCCGACCUUCUGGCCUCAUUCGGGAUUCUUAUAAGAUCGGCUACCUGGCUUGCCGAUGACACUUUUGGAUCAAAGCCAGAUGACAGCAAACUAGGGCAGUCUAUGUGCAUCAUAACAUCGGUAAGAGAUUUCAUGAAGGUUUUCUUCUUCUCAUUUCCCUACUCUUUCUUCCUCUUCUUCUUCUUCUUCUUUUCUUCCACCUCCUUCUUCUCUUUCUCAGUCUUCUUCCUCAUUUCUUCUUCUUCUUCUGCUUCUUCUUCUCCUCCUUCUGCUUCUCAUUCAGCCCAGUGAUAUAUGUAUAUUCAGCGUCUCUUGCUUGCAGAAGCCGUACAACAAGCAACCCAAUCCAAUUGUCCUGAUCCUGCAAAGCACACUAAGUACUGUAAAUAAUCACCAAAAAAAUUUCAGGAAACGCAAAAGAUAA